UGAUGGAUGAACAGAACACCUGUGACUGAUCUGCAAUGGUAGGCUACGGUGGUCAAAACAGAAGUACAAGGCCAUUAGAUAUCGGCAUCGAUGUAAGACACAUUGCGGAGGGGAGUGACAGCACAGCGGGGCUGUGUGAAGAACAAAAUGAAGAACCGAGGGAGGUGGGAGGUGAGGUGGAUGGAUUAAUAUAUGCGAAUGAAGAUGCUGAGAUGCUAUAAGACACCGUAGUCCGUGAUGCAGAUGAGAGAUCUAGGAAUGGAAGAAAAAGAACAUUCGACAGGUGGGUUGUAACCAUAGAUAGUCAAGAAAAGCAUAGAUGUAGGCCAAAAUGAUAAUGGACGAUCCAAACCUGCAG